AUGAGCUCCGAAUCAACAAUGAGAAUGAACGAUGGAGCUAUUGUGAUCACUGAUGAAUUACGAAAUAAGAUAUCUGCAACGAUCGAGCAUCUAUUUGGAAGUGAUUCUGAAAUGGAGAGGGGUCAUGUUCUUGACACGACUGGAAGUGAUGACCAACCUGAAAUGGGCGAUGAUCUUCCCAAUACAACCGGAUUUGACUAUAAGGUUCAUGGAUGCACCGAUGGGAACCAUAACCUGUCCUAUAGGGGUUGCCAAGGAUUGAUUUGUACGUCCUGUGAUCACGUGGAGCUUGAUGCAUGCCAGGUUUUGAGAUCGUGGGUGCACAAAGCUUGUUCCGAUAGCUUUGAAGAGAUGGAUGAUCUAGAAGGGACGGAAAAGUGCAAAAUGCAGCCUUCUAAAGAAGAGUUGGAAGAAAUUUUGGAGCAUUUGAGGAGUCGAGCUCAAACUUACACUCGAAUUUUUGGCGAGGAGUGUACAGUCUCUGAACUAGACUGCCUCUCCAACGAGGACAAUGCCGACAGCCUCUCCAAUACGAUAGUUCCCCUUGAAGAACGCCAUGAAAUAGACAAUUUGGAGGGUGAUUCAGGGGAUACUAUCAGCAGCAGCAGUGCCGAUAGGCCCUCCAAUUCGAUGGAUUCCACUGAAGAAGUAGGCAUUGCUGAUGAUGGCAUUGGACGUCAGGUUAGAUCAACAAGGAGAAUCAAUACACACCUGUCGUCAAUUUAUGUUGUGGGUGAGCUGUGUGAACUGUCUUCCGAUGAAGACUUCACUCUGAGGAAGAGGCAAAAAGUGAACAAUGGUAAAAGAGUCGACACUCCAGAGGACAGCGUGCCUGUGCAGCGCAGAAUGGGAACUCCAAAACGGAAGGCUGCAGUGAACUCUCCUCAGAGGAAAACGAAGCAGAGGAGGCUGUCAGAAAUCUGUGAGGUCGAAGAACACAGAUUGGAGCUGGGGGGUGCAGUCUCAGUGUCAAAAGCACAGCGUGGCAAAGCUCCACGGACUAGCAAGAACAGCCGUAAUGGAGAUGACAUGCCCUAUUGGCUCGAGGAGAUGACGAAGUUCAUGACGGGGGCCAAAGCAAAGAAGAUGAAUCCUAAACGAUUCGACAUCUCCAAGUUUCUAGAAGAAUCCAUUUUCCGACCACAGUCUGGGACAAUGCAUACCGGUGAAGGUGAAGACUACCCUGCUCUUCCGAAGAAGUUCAGGUUUGAAGAGGAUGCCGUGCCCCUGACUGAAGAGGAACAGCGAGAAGCUCAGGUAGCCAAGGAAAUGGAGGACUUGUUCGAUGACAUGAACUUUGACUUGGCUGUGGAGGAGAUGGGAACAACUACCAGCCAUGAGUGGAUGACGAGGAGGAAGACACCCAAGAGCGCAGAUGUGCUCAGAGGGCUUCAUGAAUUGACAUCAGCAGAUGAUCAAGGACUUUAUUGUAUCUAUUGUCAACAUGUAGCAAUUCAUCCGAGGGAUGUAAUUCCUCCAUGGGCAAUCAAAACACAUCGUGCACCGAGAAAGAAGAAGAAGCAGGAGAAAGGGGAGCGCCUGAAUCUCGGCGCCAUGACUCUCCCAGUAGCAGAUGCAGCUGAAGUAAGCUGCCGGACUAGAGGCUCGGUUUGGGGUAUCAAAGCUGGUGUACAAGAAACUUUGUACGAGCACCAACGAGAAGGAUUUGAGUUCCUCUUGAGGAACUUGGCAGGCAGUACUGAUAUUGCCGACUCAAAGAGCUCAAAUCUACCUGGAGUGGGCGGAUGCAUCAUUUCUCAUGCACCAGGGACCGGAAAGACACGUCUGACUCUUGUGUUCCUCGAGACAUAUCUAAAGAUGUUUCCAAACUGCCUGCCGAUGAUCAUCGUCCCAGCCACAAUACUUGGUACCUGGGAAACCGAGUUCAGAAGGUGGAAUGCGGGGUUUCAUUUCCACAACCUGAAUAAUCCGGCAUUCACCGGCGACGAGAGGGCGGCUGCUGACCAUCUCUUUCAAGGGGCAAAGAUUAGAUGUCGGGAUACAGAGGCAAUCCGAAUGGUAAAAAUAUAUUCGUGGAAGAGAGGGGGAGGCCUUUCGGGGAUUAGCUACAAUCUGUUUGAGAAGCUAACGGCACAGAAGGGCAAGGAAGCAAAUGCAGGGGAGGUGGGAUUUCUGAGGUCGACACUUCUUGAGAUGCCUGGACUAGUGAUUCUUGAUGAAGGCCAUACCCCUCGUAACGAAAGGACUAAGAUUUGGGCUUCACUGGUUCAGGUCAAGACAGAUAAGCGUAUCAUAUUGUCAGGGACGCUGUUCCAAAACAACUUCACAGAGCUGUUCAACACCGUCAUGAUCGUAAGGCCGACAGCGACAGAAGAGAUUAUGCAGGAUCGGACAUUUGCUGAGAUUCUGCAUUCAGAUAAGAAAACCCAUAGCCCUCGGUCUGCUUUGCUUCCUGAAGCAGUUAAUCGUGCAGUGGAGAGGCUUAAAGUCUCCAUGUCGCCGUUUGUGCACGUGCACAAGGGAACUAUCCUGCAAAAGAAUCUCCCCAGAUUAAGAGACUCUGUCAUCCUCCUUAAACCGACCGGACUGCAGAAGAAGCUGAUCGACAUAUUGGAAGGGGAACGGUUAAAGAGAAUAAUUACGAACGAACAUGGAUUUUCUUUGGCAUCUAUUCAUCCUUACCUCAUCCAAAAAUGCAAGUCGCAAGUGCCCACCGAUGGAAUUGAUAUGAAAGCAGUCGAGGCAUCGAAGCUCAAUCCUUUUGAAGGAGUGAAAACAAAAUUCAUCCUCGAGUUUGUCCGCCUCUGUAUGACGCUGAAAGAAAAAGUACUCAUCUUCUGCCAGAACCUUCCGCCCUUGGAGCUGAUCAAAGACCAUCUGGCUGCGACCUUCCAGUGGAACGCCAGUAAGGAAAUUCUGAGGCUGGAAGGAAAGCUACCGAAGAAGCAACGCCAGAGAGUGAUUGACGCAUUCAACGAUCCAGAAAAUGAUUCGAAGAUCUUGCUUGCGUCAACAAGGUGCUGCUCUGAGGGCAUUAGUCUGGUUGGGGCUUCCAGGGUCAUUCUGCUGGACGUUGUCUGGAAUCCUUCAGUCGAACAGCAGGCAAUUUCUCGGGCUUAUAGGAUUGGGCAAAAGAAGGUUGUCCAUUCCUACCAUCUAAUGACUGUUGGAACGCUUGAGGCGGACAAAUAUUGCCGGCAAGCUGAGAAAGAGCGGCUAUCAGAAUUAGUCUUCUGCUCUUCUUCGAAUGAGAAGGAUAUAUCAAAGCAGCCGAUGCCAGAGAUCAAGGACAAGAUUCUUCAAGAGAUGGUCCAGCACGCGAAGACGAAAGAUAUAUUUGAGAAGAUCAUCCACCAGCCCAAGAAUGCCGACUUGAGCCAGUCCUUGCGUGGUAGAGGUUGA